AUGCGCGUCGGAUGCGUCCUACUCCGUCCCACCGCGCUCGCCUCGAGACGAAUCCGCGCGUCGAGCACCUCUGCGAUCGUUCGUCCUUUCACGGUGUACCACGCCGAUUGGGCGCGCGUGGAUCUUCCGGACGGUCACAGGUUUCCGAUGGAUAAGUAUCAGCUCGCGCGACUGGCGUUGCAAAACGAUGAUACGCUGCGAGGAAAGAUCGAGCUCAGGGCGAGUCCGUUGGUCGACAUAGAGGAUUUAGAGGCGGCACACUGUGGGGAGUACGUUCGUAAGGUGCUGACGCGAACGCUGAGCGAGCAAGAGGUGCGCACGAUCGGUUUUCCGAUGGGUGAGCAAAACGUAACUCGGAGCUUGGCGUCGACGGGCGGGACAGUGGCGUGCGCACGAGAGGUUUUAGCGGGGUUUGGGGCAAGGGCGGCGGCGCAGCUCGCGGGGGGCACGCACCACGCAUAUCGAGAUCGUGGCGAGGGGUUUUGCGUAUUCAACGACAUCGGUACGGCGAUACGGGUCGUGCAGCGGGACGAGUUACUACCUAGAGAUCGGAAGAUACUGGUUAUCGAUCUGGACGUGCAUCAGGGGAACGGUACGGCGAAGAUGUUCGAGCACGAUCAGCAGGUGGUGACGUUUUCGAUGCAUGGGGAGAAGAACUAUCCUAUCAAGACACGCGAGCGGUCGACGCAUGAUGUUGGGCUCCCGGAUGACGCAAACGACGAGAUGUUCUUAGAACAGCUUGAUCAUUGGCUACCGCGUUUAUGGCAAGAGUACGAGCCUGGGUUGGUGUUUUACCAGGCGGGCGUCGACGCGCUUGCGCAAGACUCGUUCGGUAGGCUCGGGAUGACGCGAAACGGUCUACUUCGUAGAAACAACGCCGUGUACUCCAUGUGUAUCUCGACGAACACACCCCUCGUGAUCACCAUGGGUGGCGGGUAUUCCAAGCCGAUUCAGGCGAGCUUGGACGCGCACGUGGACGUUUUUAGAUCCGCCGCGAUGCGUUACACGGCUCCGUGA